GGUGGUGGGGAGCGAUGCUGUGAAGGAGCCACAGAGCUUAGUGCUACAGCCCCUUCAUUGUAGAAGAUGAGGGGCAGACCCCCAUGAUCAGUGCCUGACGACACGUUCCAGGGAUAUGCUGUCACUAUGGAGGAGGAAUAUCUAUAUUGUACUUUUCCUCUGUAGCCGGGUUGCCAAGUCUCCAGCCGCAGCGAGGCGAUUGCCGCGGAGUCAGUGGCCUGCUUCAAUUCUGCAUUAGGUCGUCUUCGAGAUAUCUGGGAAGAAAUUGGAAUACCAGAAGACCAGAGACUGCAAAGGACAGAUACCGUCAAGAGACAUGUACAUAUUCUAAUGAUGCAAAUGAUCGAAGAGGAGGAAAACUUGAAAGAUCGUCUUCUUAAGAACAUUGAUGUCUUCCGCAAAGAAUUGAAUACUCUUUGUGAGGAGCUGCAUAUUGCACCAUUUGAGGAAGAUGAGGGCAGCACUAUCUUGCAGGUGGAGAAGGACUUGCGUACACGAGUGGAAGUCAUAAAGAAACAGAAGAAGGAAAGAAUGCAGGAGCUCAAACUGUUAAUACAGCGGGAUCAGGACCUGUGUGACAUCCUGUGCACCCCUCCUUUCCACAUUGAUGCCCAGCGUGUUCCAAGUCUGGACGAGCUGGAUCAGUAUAGGAGGCAUUUGGCUGCACUUUCUGCAGAAAAGGAUCUCCGUGAAGCAGAAUUUGUAAAGACCAAGAAACUGAUCAUUCUUUGCAUGGAAGAACUGGACCGCUUACCUGACACAAGUUUCGAGAGGGAUGUGGUGUGUGAGGAAGAAGAGGCUUUCUGUCUGUCGAAAGAUAAUCUUGCAGCUUUACAUCAGCUCCUUUUUCAGUUUGAGGAACAGAUCACACAGAAUAAAUCAUUAUGUGAAGAACUGCGGGCCAAAAUUUAUGAACUGUGGAAUAGACUUCAAGUACCUGAAGAGGAGAGGGAGGCUUUUGCAGUUCAUAUGACUGGAUCAAAAGGAAAAACCAUAAAAGCGUUACAAGAAGAAGUGGAUCGUCUCCAGGAGCUGAAGCUGCAGAAUAUUAAACGUGUCAUUGAAGUCAUUAGAACAGAGCUGGCCACCUACUGGGAUAAGUGCUUUUAUAGCAAUGAACAAAGGCAAGCCUUUGCUCCAUUUUAUGAUGAGGACUUUAGUGAAGACCUUUUAUGCCUUCAUGAUAAUGAAAUCCAACGCAUCAAGCAGUAUUAUGAGGCACACAAAGAGAUGUUCGAAGGGGUCCAGAAGUGGGAAGAAAAUUGGCGUCUUUUUCUGGAGUUUGAUAGAAAGGCAACAGACCCCAACAGAUUUACAAAUCGUGGAGGGAACCUCUUAAAAGAAGAAAAACAAAGGGCGAAGUUACAGAAAAUGCUUCCAAAGCUGGAGGAAGAGCUAAGAGUUCGCAUUGCAACAUGGGAAGAGCAACAAGAGCAGGAGUUCUUCAUGAAUGGGAUGAAAUUCAUGGAAUACGUGGCAGAGCAGUGGAAUCAGUUUCACUUAGAAAAAGAAAGAGAGAAACAAGAGCGGUUAAUGAAAAAGUCUCGUCAACUAGAAGAGGAAAUGUAUUAUGGAAGCGCUCCAAAAACCCCAAAUAAGCGAAGAGUGCUUGGGGCAACUACACCAAGUAAAAUGCGCAAGCUUAAUGGCACAUACGUUUCCAGUUCUACCAACAGCACGCUGCGUUCUGCGUUCGGUGGGACAAUGUGCCACUCGCCUGUAUCACGACCACCCCCUAGUGGUGGCAAGCCUGGACAGCCGAUCCGAACACCAAACAGAACUUUCAAGACUCCACAAGCAAGAAGACUGGAAAAGAAUAAAGAGAACAUGCCCCAGUUAAAUGGAACCGCCAUGAGCGGUGGGUGCCUCCUCACAAUUUCUGCCCAGCGUAACCUCAGCGUUAACUCUGUUGCCAGCACCUAUUCUGAGUUUGCGAGGGACUCCACACACACUGACUCCACAUCCAUAUACUCCAGCGAGAACUUUCAAAAGCUACAAGAGCUAACACCAACCCUCGAGUCCUGAACUCCACCAUAACGCAUAUGUAAAAUGCUGUACAGAAAAAGGACUGACAUUUUGCAUCGCUGAGCGUCGCCGCUAUGUAUGUACUAAGGUGGCCUCUUAGCUGAGGGGUGCCUCCCUGGACUCUGUUUGGAGGGGGAAUCUGCACCAAAGUCCAUGCUACUUUUUGCACUGUAAAUUCAUCUCUUUAGCUUAUAUUAAUAGAUCCUAAUCUUUGUAUCAUUCUAGAAGCUUGACAACUGGUAGUUAGACAUGAUCCGUUCUGAAAUGUACUUUGUACUGUAUAAUAAGAGGGUAAGUCCUUGGAUUCGGUCGUCCCGGCUUCUAUCACGGCUAAGGCUUAAUAUUCUAUUUGUGCGUAUAUAUACGGUUCUUAGUUCGUGGACACUUUGCACAUUUAUUUUCUAGUUCUAGCGUCACUACAGAGAUUCCACAGAAUAAUUUUAUUUUCAAAAGAUUGAAAGUCAUGGAAUGGAGUUUUUAGAGGCUUUAACACUACUUUUAUACCGUUUUUCAACUUUUUUUUUUUUUUUUUUUUUUUUCCCCCCCACUCUGUACCUUGACAAACCAAAUUGAGAAGUGAUUGUAAGCUGUUUGAGGAGUACAGAGAGAUGUCGGCAUCACAUGGAAUCCAAGCAAUUCAUUCUUUGAGGACAUAAUGUCCCAGGUUGGCAGCACAAUCGGCUUCAGAGAGACCUGGCUAAGCCCUAUAAUAUAGCCUGUGAUCGGGGCUGUACCACUGCUGCAGAUGCCCAUACAGAUUCAUCUCUGACAGUAACGUGUCAGUGAGGGCUCCAGUAUACAAGAGCUGAUACAAAGAGGCCAUUCAUUUUAAUAAUUUCCCUUUUAACUGACAAUUUUUAACUUGGCAGUAACGGCUGCUUUUUAAUUCUUAAAGGGCAUCUGUCUCCAAGAUCUUGGACCAUUAUCUGCAGAAAUAAGAGUAGUACUGCACAUUUCGGAUUUCACAUAUUUUAUUUUCCUACUGCCCCUUGUUGCUUCGCUGUCAGCAUUCAAAGCUGUGGUUUAAAACACACUAUGGACGGCCGUGCCAUAUUAAAGGGGUUCUCCAGGCUUUUAAUAUUGAUGACCUAUCCUCAGGAUAGGUCAUCAAUAUCAGAUCGGCGGGGGUCCGACACCCAGCACCCCCGCCGAUCAGCUGUAUGAAGAGAAGGUGCAUGUAUGCCGUCUCCUGUCUCUUCCUGCUUGCAGUGAGGAAGGCGCGUGCCUUCUCUUCAUACAGCUGAUCGGCAGGGGUGCCGGAUGUCAGCCCCCCACCGAUCUGAUACUGAUAACCUAUCCUGAGAAUAGAUCAUCAAUAUUAAGAGCCUGGAAGACCCCUUUAACAUAAUUGAGAGUACAGGACUCCUUAUGUGCAGUACUACUAUGUAUUUUCUCAGAUAGUAGUCCAUGAUCCUGGUGACAGAUUCCCUUUAAAACCUCUUUAGGUAGAGCGCCGAUUAGGCUGAUGAUGGAUGAAAGGGCAUAUGAUGCUGUGUAAUGGAUAGAAAAAACGCAUAUAACUGACACCUGCGAAUAUUCCCACAAUUGGAUUUUAGAACAAGUGUGAAUACACGCUUAUGGGAGUACAGCCCCUGGCAGAGCUAAUAUCUAGUGCAGGGUGUGAUGAGGGACUGUACUAGGCAUUACACAGUGUCAUUUCUACCUGGAGUCUCUUCAGUUUUCCUGGGUGUUUAUAACUCAUAUAGGACUAUGUACAUGACAUGAUGUGACUGGUUAGGCAUUUAUCUAGGUAACAUAUCUCCGAUUAAUAAGUUACAGACUCGUAGUGAUAUCUCAUUGAAAAAAAGGGUAUAUCCUUCAUGGCUUUAAUGACCCGUUCCACAGUAUCAUUUGAGAUAAGUCUGUCGUAUGGUAACGUGCCUAAUGUAUUGCUUUGAACAUUUUGUACAGUUCUUGUAUAGUAAAUUAAAUCUACCUUGUUAAAGCCA